AUGGCCCAGCUUGCCGAUGGACUUCCGACAAUAGACGUCUACCGCGAAGGGUACUCGAGGAGGAACCUGGGUGGCAAUCCUCUACUCCCCCAUGAGUCCCUCUGCGAGGGAGCCACGGAAAGGACGAGGGCUUUUCGUGCCGAGUUUGACCCUUCUGUUCUACAAUUUAAAACUUCAUUGGUGCAAGCAUUCCAAAACGCUGAUCUGGGAAGCCGACAAUUUGACUUGCGACUCAUCUAA